AUGAAAAAGGCUCAAUGGGUAAUAGAGGUUUUUUUAGAGCCUAACUGUGAGCGGAACGUGGGCAUUAUACUUCAAUUCCUGCGGAUUCCCAUACAUACGGAUGAAGCAAGCGUGCGCACGUUUGAUGAACUGACCCUUGGCGAGGAAGACAUCUCUGGUCUCGCCAAAAUUAUGUCUGAAGUCGAGGAUAUACGGGCCAUUAACGGAUGGAUGAAGCGUAAUUCAAAGGCGAGCACCACGCGGCCUCCUCAGAUGUGUGUCCCCGUACGCUUCUUUAUGAUGGGGAUGAAGAUUAGGUUCUAUGUCGAGUGCCUGCAAUGUUGGAAUUUAAAGAAUGAAUUCGAGGGGCGCAUUGACGACCUUAAGGCGAAGAUUCACCGUACGACAGAGCCGCCGCACCUACCUUGCAUGUUGCAGUUUGUCCUUGCCAUCAGCAACGUGCUAAACACCGGCAGUCAGCUUCAGGGGGCAAAAGGGUUUCGUACCACGCAACUGGCACAAAUCAUUGACUUUCAAACAACAAACGGCAGGUGUGUCCUCUUGAAUCACUUGAGAUCAUCCAUCAGUAGGACCCUGCUGUGCACCACUGCACAGAGAAACUGUUGCCGGCGGUGGAUCAUGCAUCCACCUUUGAUGUUCCAGGCGUCGCUGGUGAGCUGA